GCCAUGAGGGCCGGCCCGCCCGGCAGCGAAGCGAUGAACCGGCGGGUCCUUUCCCUGUGAGGCGCUCUAAGAUGGCGGCUGAAGGACAGCUGUUGAGUUGGGAUGUUUCACCCAAAAAUGGCAAAGAAGUGUUUUUCUCACGUGAAACGUAUGAAAAAUAUUCCCUGGCUCCGAGCCUCUUGGAACUGUGGAAUUUAUCCAACAGAUUGGCAAAGAAAGAUGUGGAGAUAUUGGCAAAUUCUUCAGAAAACAAACAGAUUGGUAACAUACAGGCUACAAAUGCAGCUGGAGUGGUGACUAAAACCACAACUGAUGAUCAUCCUUUUCCAGAACCUAGACUUCCCUAUCCAUUUACCUCCUGUCUGACUGAGAAGGAGCAGAAAACAUAUUUAUAUCUGAUGACUAAGUUCUCAAAAACACCAAAUCAUUUUCCUCUCAAUGCAGCAAGUCAAAGAGAGUUACUGAUGUAUCUGCAAAUGAAAGAAGUAGUAAACAGUGAGGUUGCAGAAUUUAUGAAGUUCGCCCAAAAUGCUGCGAAGAGCUGUACUCAGGACUAUGAUUGUAUUUCUGAAGAUGCUCUGCUUUAUACUGAGGAAUUAUUCAGGGCUUGUAUUGGACAUGUGAAAAAGUAUCCUGAGUUUUACACAUUACAUGAGAUAAUGAGCAUCAUGGGAGGAAAAUUUAACACGCAAUUGACCUUUAAGCUGGAAAAAAAUCUUCUUGUAAUGGGUACAGCAAGAUAUGCUAAGACAGCAUUCCCUGCCAUGCCUGUUCAGCUCUGCACAGAUUAUAAAACCGUUACAUCUAUUAUAACUCCAGAAAAAAAGGCUUCUCUUAUCCACAAUGAUAUUAGUUCAGAUUCAAAUGCAGAAAAGCUUGCUUUGAAAUACUCCCCUCAAGUUGUUCUAAGUAAUCAGUCAUUAUUUACAUUGCUGAAUAAUCAUGGAUUAAACUACAAGGAACAGUGGGAAAUUCCAGUUUGUGUUAAGAUGAUCCCUGUUGCAGAAGAUAACAAAGCAGCUAAAGUGGUUUUUGUUGACUCACCUCUCCUGAAAAAGGAAAUGACAAUAAGAGAGAGGAACCAAAUAUUCCAUGAAAUUCCUGCAGACUUCCUAGCAACUAAAAAGUCUUACAUUGCGAUUUCCGAUGUUUCGAUGGACAAACCAGAUGAGGACAAUCUGUUUCAGUGGGAUGUGUCUGCUGAUACCUACCAGUGCAGGAAGAUUCCAUUUACAGAUGAUGCAGGGAUGGACUUUGAUGAUGAUUUUACAGAACUGGAAACUUUUGGAGCAGCUGUCAAACUUUCAAGGACUUCUAAAACAGAAAACACUUGUUCAGUUGGUAACACUGAUAAAGUUUUGUCAUGUGACUUACAACCAGAAAAAAAACUGACAUCUACCACAAACAGUGAAGCUCAAGAUAGAAAAACUCCUCUUUCUGAGCAGGGAUUUUCAGCGUAUUCCAGAUUGCAGCUUCCAUCAUGUGGCAAUGUAUGCUUCAGCCCUGAAGGAAAUUGGUCUCAUAAAAACUUUCAUUCUGAGGAGAUGGAGUUGAAGAAAGCACAGGAUGUCAUGACCAAAAAAGUAUCAGACAAUGAAACUAAUACUUUAUAUCCUGCUGUAAGUUGCAAAAAAGACUCUCAUGCUGCACAGAAAAAUGAGAUGUAUGCUCCUUUAUGCAGUAGUGACACCGACGAAGAUCGUUUAAUAAUUGAUAUAGAGCAUAAAAAUACGGAAUGCAAAAAAACUGUUCCAAAUGCUGUUUCUCAGACCUUGGUCCAGACUUGCAAGUCACCUUCCCCCACCCCAAAUUCAUCUGCAAGCAUGGCUGAUUGCUCAGAAACUGUGCAUCAGGGGAAAAAUGCCUCCAGAAAGACUGCAAGAAGGUUGUCCAAAGAAUUUGAUCCUGUUGGACGGAUUUUGAAAAUGCAAACGGAGCUCCUCAAGUCACCUACCCAAAAAGCCCAUGAGCAGCCAGCAGUGAGCUGUGAUAAUGCUAAUGCUGCACAAACUCACGUGCCUCAAUCUUCAAAGCCACCAGUGAUCUCCCACACAGCACCUGUGCUGGGCCCUGCCCCAAAUCCUCAUGGCUCAUGUAGGAAUACCUGGACGUGCCUUUUUCAGGGAGUGCAAAGGAGAAAGCUGCCAGAUGAACUUCAGAUGCUUGUGGAAGACCCUGGAGAGUAUAAAGCACCUCAGGAUGGCAAUCUUGCGUAUAAGCUGUUCAGUUUGGAUGACCUGUUGUUACUUGUGCGUUGCAAUGUGCAGAAAGUGAGAUCAUUGCCACGUUUCAAUAAAAAGAAGAAAGCUCAAAAGCUUAUUCCAAUAUUCCUGUUGCCUAAACUGGAAUACCAAGCCUAUUAUGGUGUUGAAGCUCUUACAGAAAGUGAAGUAUGUCAGCUGUGGACAGAGAGCAUGCUUCAUUCUGAAUGCUUAUUUUAUAUUGGGCAUAUUGAUGGUCUCACUUCAAAACUUAUUAUGCUGGAAAAGAUUUCUCCAAAAAUAUUAAGAGAAAAACUUGGAUUGAUUAAGCCAGCAAAUUCAUUGAAUAUACUUCAUCAUAUUUUGAAGAAAGUGUCUGAUUUGCAGGAGGGCUCUUAUCUAUUGACUCAUGCUGCAGGAGAUUCAUCAGUUACAAUCUACAAGAGUUCCCUUGACAAGCCAACAAGAGCUUCAUAUAACUUACAUAAGGCUCAUGGUGAUCUGCCUUCAGUACCUGCCAUGCUCUCAGUCCCCUGGGUGCCACUGGAUCCCAGUGUCCCUUUGCCCUAUCACAUGAAACAUGGAAGAGUCCCAUGCACCUUUCCGCCUGCACCCCAAGAAGCCACGGGGAAACAGAAGAUGGCUGGGGUGAAAGGGCAGUCAGACACACCCUACCAGGGAGAGCCAGUAACUAUGGAAACAAAAGGCAAUCCAGCUAAGCCUGUUAGAAAUGAAGGUGUGGCUGCAAAGAAGCUGAAGAAUCACUGCAAACAAAGAAUGAUGAAGAAAAAGUGGAAAAUGAAGCAAAACAAAACACAGCUCGUGAUUGGUGAAAUAAAAAUGGAGGAUUAUGCAACAUCGUGGACUAAAAUCUAAUGCUAAUCCCAAUGGAACAGCAUCUUUGGAGAGAAGGAACACAGGGGAGCCUGACUGUUAUGGUACCACCAGAGUAUGAAUUCCUACAUCUAACACAGACUGUACAGUUGUGGAAACUACAGCUGAAGGAAAGUGUGCAGGCCUGGAUCUUAUUCUGCAGACAUCUCUGCUUCUGCAGCUACUUAGUACAGAUAUUUUACAUGGCCUCAAUCAGCUGAGUUUAGGAGCAAAUUUUCAGGUACCACCAUCUUGUCUUGUGGUUUCAGUCUUCAGUUUGCAUUUGGAAUGAAUUACAUAUAUUUGUAUUGCAGUUUGUGAUUCACUUUUAAAUGUAAUUACUACUUCUUUGUCCAUCUGUGUUAUGAGAAUAUCUUUUGGAUAAGCAUUUGAAGUGCAAAAUUAGAUGUUACUUACCGGAUAAGAAUCUUCCAAUUUUAUGUAUUUAUUCUUUGUUAGCUUUCUGUCUUUGCACUUUACCUGGUUAUGAAGGGUAUGGACUGUCCUGUCUGUCAGAACUGGAAGUUGUAACUGCUGGAGAACUAGACUGAUUUCAAAACUCUGCAUUUAGUUCUCUCCUGAUUGGUGUAGAUGCUUGUAGUCCAGUACUGAUGGAGCAGCCAGAGCUGCUGCUUGUGCUUAUUUUGUCAUGGUGCUGGAGUUAAAUGCCAUGCAGUCCUUACUGACCUUGCUGUGCCGCCCCAGUCUCUCUGAAUAGCGGCUCUUCUGUCCACUGUUGCUCUCCUCUCCAUUCUGCGUCAUCUGCAGACUCGCUGAAUGCUGAUUCAUUUGUGCUACCCAGAUGAUGUAUAAGAAAGCUGAGAAGUACUAGACCUUGUGUUGGCCCCUCCGGAGCUCCGCUCAUGGCUAUCUACUAGUACAGCUCUGAGCCACCAGUUACCUCAGUGAACAUGGAAGAAACCCUCUGACAACAUAGUUUUCCACGUUGGAAAAGAUCGCAGAUAUUAAAUCUGUUUCUCUCAAAGUCCUGGUGUUUUUUGUUAGAUUAAAUUGGCAGAUAGUCUGUAUUUGGUUUUAAAGGUCCAGAAGAGGAAUUCUUACCAGGCAUUAGAG